UGUGACAUUGGUUUCAAAUUCCACGCUUUUCUUCAUUCUUCUUGCAGCAACUCUCGAGGGCUACACACCUUUUUUUGUUAAAGCCUCGAAUCGUUUGCAAAAGCUGCAAAUUAAGCACACAACUGGCGCGAGAUUUGCAUCCUUUCUUUUGUUCAGACAAAAAAGGAUUGAAAUCAACCAGCAGUUUGUUGAUGAAAUAAUCGAAUUGAUGAUCGAAAUUUGGUUAUAAACAAAGAAAGAAUAAGAGACACACCCUGAAUUAAAGUAGGGGCGGUGUUUCGCAACAUGGUACACCCAAAAUUGGGCCAUUGUAAAUUAUGUAUAUAUUUAGUUUUAGUUUUCUUAGUAGGAAAUUUAUUAUCUCAAGAUUGUGAUUUUGAGAAAGACACUUGUAAAUGGACGCAAAGUAAAACAGAUAAAUUUGAUUGGAGUAGACAAACUGGUAGUACUGGUAGCUCUGGCACUGGUCCAAAAAGAGACCACACUUCAACUGUUAAAACUUUACCAGUACCAACUACAGGCGGCUCUGCGAAAGGUGCACCAUGUUAUUUUCCAUUCUUAUACAAUAAAAAGAAUUAUACAAGGUGCAUUCCUUAUGGACUUCAAUCAUGGUGUUCCACCACAAAGGAUUAUGCAAAGGAUAGAAAAUGGGGUUACUGUACUUCAGUUGGUUAUUACAUGUUCAUUGAGGCAAGCUCACCACGUCGUCAAGGUGACAAUGCUAUGCUUAUAUCUCCAGCAAUUUCCAACGGACCUAAAUGUUUUCAUUUCUGGUACCACAUGUAUGGACCUCAUAUUGAUACAUUAAACAUCUACACUCUUUCCAACUCAAAUAUGAGUGCAGCUUUAUGGCGAAAAAAAGGAACACAAGGAAACAAAUGGUUUUUAAGCAAUGUGACAGUUGGUGGCUCAGGAAGUUUUCAGAUCGUAGUAGAAGCAAUACGUGGGAAAGAUUACAAAGGUGAUAUCUCUGUGGACGAUUUCAAAGUUACAGAUGGAUCAUGUGAUAGCAGUACUGGAGGGGGUGGCAAUUCAACAGGAACAUGUACAUUUGAGAAAGAUAAAUGUGGAUUUCAAGACGAUACAAGUGGUCAAUUCAUGUGGAAAAGGCAUCGUGGAAGAACAUCUAGCUCUGGAACUGGUCCGUCAACUGAUCAUACUUUACAGACUAGUUUAGGAUAUUAUAUGUAUGUUGAAGCGUCAGGAAGACAGGUGGGAAACAAGGGGCGACUCUCAAAAACAUAUAAUAAUUUGCAAGCUGGUGGGAGCUGUUUGGAGUUUUAUUACCACAUGUUUGGUUUUCAUCAAGGAACGUUAAAUGUUUUCAUAAAUCCAAAGGUAGCUGCAUCCUCUAAACCUUCAUUUUCAAAAGCUGGACAACAAGGAAAUUUAUGGGUCAAGGGACAAGUCUCAAUUAAUACUACAACAGCGGUGGUUGUGUUUGAAGGCAUUACUUCAUACGGUUAUCAAGGAGAUAUGGCUAUUGACGAUAUUACAAUUCUACCUGGAAUUUGUGCUAGUCCAGGUCAAUGUAACUUUGAGAAAGGUUUGUGCACAUGGUAUAACUUGCCUAUAUCCUCUAAUAAAGACAACUUCGAUUGGAUUCUGGGUUCAGGCAGUACAUCCAGUAGCUUUACAGGACCAACCACUGACAGUACAGGAAAUGCUAAAGGCCAAUACUUGUUUUUGGAGGCAUCCAGUCCAAGAAAAACUGGAGAUAAAACACGUUUGGUUAGCGAACUUUUCAAUCAAACCUCAAGCAAUGGUCAAUGUUUCAUUUUCUUCUAUCACAUGUAUGGUAGCUCAAUUGGUUCAUUAAACAUUUAUGUUAAUGCUAGUGGAGGUGAAAAGCUUGUUUGGACAUUAAAAGGAGAAAAAGGAAAUAGAUGGCUUAAUGGGCAAGUGAAUGUUGGUUUAGUCAGAGGUUCAUACAAGGUCAUAGUUGAAGGUGUAAGAGGGAAUGGGUACACCGGUGAUAUUGCUCUUGAUACAUUCUCCUUCAAACCUGGAAGUUGCGUCAUCGUACCAUCUGAUGCAUCACCAAAUUCUGUCCAAACAACUGCACUUCCUGCAACAUCAGCUAGACCUACAAAACCAGUAACUCCUGUAUUUGAUUGUAACUUUGAAGCUGGAUUGUGUAAUGGUUGGUUACAGGAUGUCAAAACAGACCAACUGAAUUGGACCCUGGCUAAGGGUGCUACAGCAUCCUCUGGUACUGGGCCAGCAAUUGACCACACACUAGGAACAAAAUAUGGACAAUAUGUCUACCUAGAAGUUUCUUAUAAACGACCAAAUCAAGUUGCCCGAUUAAUUAGUGCCAUAAUACCAGCUACAGGAGAUACUGGUGGCAAAUGUUUAACAUUUUGGUAUCACAUGUAUGGGCCAGAUGUCAACACUUUGAAUGUUUAUGUCUUACUUGGAGGUCAUACAGGGAAACCACUGUGGUCGCGUUCAGGCACACAAGGAAAUAAAUGGAUAAAAGGACAAGUAACAUUAAUCGGACGACAACGAUUUCAGGCAGUGUUUGAAGCCACUGUAGGAAAAUCUUAUCAAGGUGAUAUUGCUCUUGAUGAUAUUUCAGUGAGCACGAAAAAAUGUUUACAACCUACUACAACAUGUACAUUUGAAAACAACCAGUGUGGUUACAUUGAUGAUAGAUCUUCGGAUGUGCAAUUCCAAUGGACAUGGCAAUCUAGAGCAACUUCUUCAUCUCAAACUGGUCCAACUAAUGAUCACACACUACAAUCUGGUAAUGGCUUUUACAUGUUUACUGAAGCAAGUAACAAAAAAAAUGGCGACAAAGCUCGUAUUCUUAGCCCUGUCAAUGCUGCAACCCAAGGCCAAUGUUUACAAUUUUGGUAUCACAUGUAUGGUGCUGAUAUGGGUACUCUGUCAGUAUUUUUAAAAGUGAGAAAUGUGCUACAAAAAAUACCUAUUUGGUCUGAGUCUGGAGACAAAGGGAAUGUGUGGAAAAUAGCAACAAAGACAAUUUCAUCCACAGACACUUUUCAGAUUGCAUUUGAAGGCAAAAUUGGUUCAGGGUUUCGAAGUGACAUAGCUAUAGAUGAUAUCAAACUAUCAAAUGGACCUUGUGCAGCACCAGGAUUUUGUGACUUUGAAAACGGUAUGUGCUCCUACAGAAAUGUUAAAAGUGACACAUUUGAUUGGAUAGUUGGAAGUGCUGGUACGCCAUCAUCCUUUACUGGUCCAAAGUUUGAUCAUACUCUUGGCAACUCUAAUGGUUCAUAUGUGUACUUAGAGGUAUCUAGUCCAAUCAAACAAGGUGAUACAGCCAUUUUAAUGAGUCAACAAUUUAAUUCAGUUGGCGGAAAGCCACGAUGCUUAAACUUUUGGUAUCACAUGUUUGGCGCUGACAUCGGAACCCUACAAGUUGUUUACAAAGUAUUUUCAGGGUCCCAACCAGAGACUUUAAUCUGGAAUUUGACUGGUCAACAACACAACUCUGAAACAUCCCCAUGGAAACCAGGUCGUGUUCCAAUCAGCAUGGAUGCUGAUCAUGUGAUAAUGUUUAAAGGAAUUGCCGGAAAAAGUUACAAGGGAGAUAUAGCCAUUGAUGAUAUUCAAUAUACAAACUUAGCCUGCUCAAUUCAACCACCAGAGGCUGAUCCGAAUGGCAAGGGAACACCAAAACCAACUACUCCUUUGCCACAAACACGUCCAACAACUAUUGCACCCUCAACACUAGGCUGCAAUUUUGAAAAAGAUUGGUGCUCUCUUCAACAAGAUUCAAGUGAUGUAUUUAACUGGACACGAAAGCAAGGUUUUACAGAUUCUGUAGGAACAGGUCCUUCUGGAGAUCACACAUUUGGAAGAGGAGCUGUCCAGAGACAAGGUCCUGGUUCGAUUAAACAUUCUGGUGGUAAAUGCAUUCAUGUUUUAAAUGGUGCCUUUAAAAAACCAAAAGAAAUGCAACCUCUUGUUGUUUAUAAUGGAUGUGGACAAGAUCGCCUUGAGUUUGUUCUUCAACCUGAUGGUUCAUUUAAGAUGACAAUGUGGAAGAUGUGCAUUGCAGUCGUUGGUGGACAGUCAGCAACAUCGGGUGCAAAGAUUGGUCUAUCAUCAUCGUGCAACGAAAAGUGGACUAUGCUAGCUAACGGUGCAUUUCAGCAUCAACCUACAAAAAUGUGCAUCUCACCUUAUCUUGGUAGUUACAAUCCACCGAAUAAUCAAUAUCUUGUUGUUUACAAAGAAUGCUCAAAGAAAUCUAAACAGUUUGUGUUUGUUCCAACAAUGGGAUGGUAUGCUUUUAUUGAAACAUCAAAGCCACGAAAACAAAAUGACACAGCACGCCUUUUAUCUCCUCCCACUUCAACUGGUCAAUGCUUGAAUUUCUGGUAUCACAUGUAUGGAGCCCACGUAAACAAAUUAAAUGUUUAUGUCAAAAAUCCAAAUGGACCAUUAGGUACUCCUAUUUGGUCGAAGUAUGGUUCACAUGGAGACCAGUGGAGAGCAGCUCAUGUUUAUAUGAAUUACAAAGGCUCAUAUCAGUACGUAAUUGAAGCUAUUCGAGGUAAUGGAUAUCAAGGAGAUAUUUCUAUUGAUGAUAUUCAAGUCACAAAGGGAGCUUGCCAAGGACCAUUGGAAUGUUCAUUCGAAGAAACAAACCCAAUUAUGUGCGGUUGGACGAACGCGAAAGAUGAUCAAUUUGAUUGGAGCAUUGGUCAGGGUAAAACUUCAUCUGUGAAUACAGGUCCAUCUACUGAUCACACAUACAAUGAUGAUAAAGGAAAGUAUGUCUUCAUUGAGACCUCAGGAAGAUUUAAACCUAAGUCCAUUGCACGACUUGUAUCACCCAACUACCCAGGAAAUUCGAAAUCAAAUGGCCAAUGCUUUCAGUUUUGGUACCAUAUGUAUGGGUCUUCAAUUGGUGAACUGAAUCUUUACGUGCAAAAGGCUGGACAAACAAAAGGUAGACCAAGUUGGACAAGAAAGACAAAUCAAGGUAACAAAUGGACAAUUGGUCAAAUCGCUAUCUCCAGUCAGUCCUCCUAUAAGUUAAUAUUUGAAGCAAUGCGUGGAACCAGCUAUACUGGUGAUAUAGCUUUAGAUGAUUUUAAAAUGUUUGAUGGGCCAUGUAAUAGAGCAGCUACUUGUGAUUUUGAAAAUGAUAAAUGCACAUGGAAAAACACCUUAAAUGAAGAUACAUUUGAUUGGAUAAUCAGACAAGGCAACACACCAUCAAGGGGAACUGGACCAUUAACAGAUCAUUCAAAAGGAAAUGGAGAUGGAAAAUACAUCUUUAUAGAAGCAUCUAGUCCUCGUAAAAAAGGCGAUGUAGCUCGCUUGGUUUCUGAACAAAUUGGAAAGCAUUAUGUCUCAUUUAUUCCCUACUGCUUGCGAUUUUGGUAUAACAUGAAAGGUGCAAGCAUUGGUACAUUAAAUCUUUACAUCAAAACCGGUCCCGGAAAGGCGCAAGAGAAUUUAGUAUGGUCGUUAUCCGGUAAUCAAGGCAGUGGAUGGCGUUUUGCAUCUGCACCAAUGUAUAGCAAAUUGGAUUAUCAGAUGGUGUUUGAAGCAAUUCAUGGUGGUGGAAGCACAGGCGAUAUUGCAUUGGAUGAUAUUGUCUAUUCCAUCCGUAGAUGUCCAGUCCAACCAAAGAAUGCUGACCCAAAAUUUAAAACAACACCCAAGCCUACAUUACCUCCUACAACAGCAGCACCAACAGUUUAUUCAUGCAACUAUGAACAAAAAACGUUAUGUCAGUGGGUACAAGACGGCACUGAUAACUUCAAUUGGACAGUACAACAAGGCCAUACAUCAUCAAGUGGUACUGGACCAAGUGCAGAUCAUACAAUUAAAAAUAGUACAGGAUCAUAUUUGUUUAUGGAAGCUUCCUACCCAAGAAAGAAUGGAGAUAAAGCGAGAAUCUUGAGUCCGGUUAUCCACUCCGACAGAAGUGCUGGUCAUCCCCAUUGUUUAAAAUUUUGGUUCCACAUGUAUGGUCCUCACAUCAAAGCACUGAAUGUUUACACUAAAAGUGGGGGAACAUUGACCAAAGUAUGGACCAGAGUAGGGGACAAUGGUAAUUUCUGGAGAUUUGCACAAGUUGACUUAACAUCGAAUCUUGAUUACCAGGCUGUCAUUGAAGGUGUUCGUGGUGUUGACUACAAGGGAGACAUUUCAAUCGACGAUGUUGAAAUUGUUGACGAUGCUUGUCCUCUCUCAGCUUCAUGUGAUUUUGAACAUGGCUUUUGUGGUUUUACCGCUGAUCCCAACGCUGAUUUUAAUUGGUUAAGAAACAAAGGUUCAACUGCUAGUGUUGGUACAGGACCUCCAUUUGAUCACACGCUUCAAACAAAUCAAGGCUACUAUGCUUAUACUGAAGCUUCUGGACGGCGCAAAAAUGGUGACAAGGCUCGCUUAGUUACCAAAGUCAUUGCUGAUUCUAAUCCGAAAUGUCUUGAGUUUUGGUAUCAUAUGAAAGGUUGGCACAUUGGUCAACUGAAUGUCUAUGUUAAGACACCAACAAAUGCAGGAAGCUUGGUCUGGAUGAGAAAAGGGAACCAUGGAAAUCAAUGGAAAAUUGCACACACCAACAUUCGUCCUCGGCCUGGACGUCAAAUUGUCUUUGAAGGAGUACGAGGGUUAAGUUUUUCAGGUGACAUUGCGAUUGAUGAUAUUGUGUUGUUGGAAGGAUACUGUCCCCCACCAGGUGAUUGUAGCUUUGAAGGUGGUAUGUGUUCUUGGCGCAAUGUGAAAUCUUCAUCACUGGAUCAAUUUGAUUGGAUCAUGGGUAGUGGCAGUACACCAAGUAUCUUUACUGGGCCGUCAAAAGAUCACACCACUGGAACUAAUGCAGGUAAAUAUAUGUAUAUCGAAGCUUCAACUCCUAAUCAAGGCGACACUGCUUGGUUGGUUUCUGAAGACUUUUAUCCUACCUUGGGUAGGUGUGUACAAUUCUGGGCUCAUAUGUAUGGUGGAGAUAUUGGAACAUUGAAUGUUUACAUACUCGGACAAAAUGGCACUACAACAAAAACGAAGAUUUGGACUUUAUCUGGAGCUCAGGGAAAUACAUGGUUAAAUGGUCAAGCUCCCAUCACAUCAAUUUCUAGUUACCAGAUUGUGUUUGAAGCUGUACGUGGAGGUGGAAGUAUUGGUGACAUUGCUAUUGAUGAUAUAACUUUCACUAAUUUCCUUUGUGCUAAUCUUCCCACUGGUUCUGUACCCCCGCCCCAACCAACAACUCCAUUACCAACGUUAGCACCUACCACAAAAGCACCAACACCAGCACCAACUUACUAUACCUGCAAUUUCACUUAUGAUAAAUGCACAUGGCAGGAUGACAAAACAGCAAAUUUUACUUGGACUAGAAAGCAAGGUCACACUUCCUCUUCUGGUACAGGUCCUGGUGGCGAUCACACAACAGGAACAAGUGGUUGGUACAUCUUUAUUGAAACAUCAUAUCCACGUAAACAAAACGAAACUGCUCGCCUUAUCAGUGCCGAUGUUCCGGCCACCGGUCAAGCAUGCUUCCAGUUUUGGUAUCAUAUGUAUGGUGAUCAUAUUGAAAACUUAACAAUCUACCAAAAGAUUGGCACCAAAAUGACACCACUUUGGCGCAAGUCAGGAACUCAAGGUAUCAGAUGGCAUCAUGGAACUGUGGAUAUUUCAUCCGCUUCAAAAUUUCAGGUUGUCAUUGAAGGUAUUGCUGGAACAGGUUACCGUGGUGACAUUGCUGUUGAUGAUUUGAACUUAAACAAUGGCGCAUGCCCCCCUUCAGCCUCUUGCACCUUUGAAGAUCCGAAACUUUGCGGUUGGUCUAACAUGCCUGGAGAUAAUUUUGAUUGGACGAGAGACAAUGCAGGCACAUCAUCUUCAGGCACUGGACCACCAUUUGACCAUACAUACCAAACUGCCGCUGGUUUCUACAUGUAUAUUGAAGCGUCUAAUCCUCGAUCAAAGGGACAUAAAGCAUGGCUAAAAUCAGCUGAAUACACACCAUCACUUGGUCGUUGCUUGUCGUUUUGGUAUCAUAUGUACGGCACUCACAUUCAUACUUUAAAUGUCUUGCUGUACCAAAAUGGUUCUAGGUCCGCACCAAUAUGGAGUUUGUCUGGUAAUCAAGGCUAUUACUGGAGACCAUCAAGAGUGACGUUUAGGAGUUCUGUUAGACACAGUAUCAUCUUCGAAGGUAGAACUGGUGCUUCAUACCGAGGGGACAUUGCCAUCGACGAUGUUAUGAUAACCGAAGGACCAUGUCCAGAUGCAGGAAAUUGUGACUUUGAGCGGGACGGUUGCGGUUACACAAACAUUCCAUAUGGCGACCAAUUUGAUUGGCAGCUAGGUAGUGGAACUACAUCCAGCGUAACGACCGGACCAACUACUGAUCAUUCACUUGGAACAAAAUUUGGUCGUUAUUUAUUUAUUGAAUCAUCUGCUCCACGAUUAGCACACGAAACUGCAAUUAUCCGCAGUGAAACUAUUCCAUCUUCUGGUGAUGGAAAGUGUGUGCAAUUCUGGUAUCAUAUGUAUGGCGAUCAUAUUGGCAGUCUUGAAGUAAAUAUGCGUGUAGGAUUUGGGUUGUCAGAAACGAUUGUGUGGAAGUUGUCAGGAAAUCAAGGCAACAAAUGGAUACAAGCACAAGCGCCUUUGUUAAGUAGAGGACAAAACCUGGAGAUAAGAUUUGAAGGUAUACGUGGAACAGGCUACAAAGGCGAUAUCGCAAUUGACGAUAUCAUAGUUGUUGAUUAUACAAGAUCGUGCCCAGUCAAGCCAGCUGUAGCUCAACCUUGGGGAUGUAACUUUGAACUUGAUUUCUGCAGAUGGAGACAAUCGAGGACAGAUAACUUCGACUGGAAGAGAAAUCGUGGACAUACUGGCUCCACAGGAACUGGACCAGGUGUUGAUCAUACCACAAAUACAACUAAAGGUUACUAUGCUUAUAUAGAAGCAUCCUGGCCACGUAAAGUAAAUGAUACAGCUGCUAUUUAUAGUCCAGUUAUUCCAGGAACUUCAGUAAAACAAACGUACUGUGUAUGGUUUGCUUAUCACAUGUAUGGACCUCAUGUCGACACAUUAAGAGUGUACACAGUAAGUCAGGGUCAAAAGAAACCAACUCUUUGGCAAAGGAAAGGUUCUACAGGUCCACAAUGGAGACAUGCAGAAGUACAAGUAACAGUUUUGGGUAACACACAGGUUGUUAUUGAAGCUGUUCGUGGCACAGACUACAAAGGAGAUAUUGCUAUAGAUGAUUUAGAUAUUUGGUAUGGUGACUGCUUCUCAUCAGGUGUGUGCACUUUUGAAGGUGCUGACAUUUGCCGUUGGUAUGUUGACACUUCGAAACAACUAAAAUGGCAGCGUGGUAGUAGCUCAACACCUAGUACCAAAACUGGACCAUCAUCUGAUCACACAUAUGGAACAGCUCAGGGUCACUAUAUGUACAUAGAGACAUCAGUUGCUGCUCCAAACUCCAAAGCUUACAUGUACAGUCCAUGGUAUUACAACACUGCUCAGAAAUGUAUUCAAUUCUUCUACCAUAUGUAUGGUAACCAGAUCGGUAGCUUGGACAUAUACAUGCAGUAUUCAGGAAGUCGCUACUACUACAGAGUGUUUUCACGAAGCGGAAAUCAAAACAACACAUGGCAUAUGGGGCAACUAAGUGUUACGAGAAAGGGAUACUUCAGGAUGGUUGUUAGAGGAACAAAAGGUCAAGGGUAUCAGGGCGACAUUGCAGUAGAUGAUUUCAGAAUUCGGGAAGGUUCAUGUCCUGCACUUGGUGACUGCGACUUUGAACACAUUGAUUUCUGCUCAUGGACUCAGGAAAAAUCGGACAAAUUUGAUUGGAUUAUUGGAUCAGGUGCAACAACGAGUGUCUUCACUGGACCACAAGUUGAUCACACAACUCAGACAAGUGGAGGUUACUAUGGAUUCAUCGAAACAUCAUCUCCACGCCAACCUGGUGACAAAGCUGCUUUCAAAAGUGUCAUAUUCUCACCUACAACUGGAAGUGGCCGAUGCAUGAGUUUCUGGUAUCACAUGUAUGGAGCGUCCAUUGGAACACUGAAUGUUUAUUACAGGAGCUUGAAAGACGGAAAAACUACUAAAACAGAGCUCAUUUGGCAGCUCAGUGGCAACCAGGCUAAUAACUGGAUACAGGGUCGUGUACCAAUUGUCAUGAAAACAGACUAUCAGGUUGUGUUCGAAGCUGUUCGAGGUAGCAGUUAUACUGGAGAUAUUGCUCUAGAUGAUAUUGAAUUCACCACAGGUAGCUGUAAAUUUACACCAACUACGGCAUGGCCAAAAGGCAAAACAACCAUGGCACCAACUCAAGCUGUAACUACAAUUGGGCCUACUGCAGGCAACACUGGGCAUGAUUGUAAUUUCGAUGUGAAUUUCUGUCCGACGUGGAUUACAAAUGCAACUGGUAAACACUUUGAAUGGCGGCGACAUCAGGGAAAGACCUCAUCGAUCGGUACUGGACCACGCUUUGAUCACACAACAAAAUCAGAUCAAGGAUAUUACGUUUACAUCGAAUCUUCGUAUCCUGCCCAAGAAAAUGACACUGCGUGGUUGGUUGGACAAAAUAUCUUAAAUCCACAAGGUUUCUGUUUAAGCUUCUGGUAUCAUAUGUACGGUCCACAUGCAGGCACGCUCAACGUCUAUGUAAGUGGAGCUCGACUUGGCAAUCUUAAAUGGAGAAGAAUUGGAACACAGGGUGAUAAAUGGAAGCAUGGUCAAUUUAAUGUGUACACCAAAGAUGGUGCACAAGUUACCAUUAUCUUCGAAGGCAUCCGAGGCAAAGGUUAUGCAGGAGAUAUAGCUCUAGAUGAUAUCACAGUCAAAAGAGGAUCAUGCCCUGCUGAACGCGAAUGUACGUUUGAAAACACCCAAUGGUCUGAUGGCACUGGCCUUCUCUGUGGUUGGACUCAAGAUAAACAAAAGGAUGAUUUUGAUUGGACAAUUGGAUCUGGCCAAACACCAUCUACUAGAACUGGACCUACAACAGAUCAUACUCUAAAAACGAACUUAGGACAUUACGUAUACAUUGAAACAUCCUCACCCCGUCGAUAUGGACAAAAAGCUCGAAUGAUAUCUCAGUCAUAUAGUAAGACUUCUGGACAGUGCUUUACCUUCUGGUACCACAUUUAUGGUUCGUCAAUUGGUAAUGUGACCCUGUUACAGCGUGUCGGUCAAACAGACUCACCAUUAUGGUCACGGGCUGCGUCUGAAGGAGACAAAUGGUACCAAGCUUUGGUAACUGUAAGGUCACGAACUUCACCAUUCCAGCUCGUUUUCGAAGGUACGGUUGGUAAAAGCUACACUGGAGAUAUUGCCAUUGAUGACAUCUUACUUGUAGACGAAUCUUGCCCAGCACCAGGAAAUUGUGAUUUUGAAGAUUUUAAUUUGUGUACAUAUACGCAAGAACAAAAAGAGGAUGACUUUGAUUGGAUUAGAGGGUCAGGGUCUACUGGCAGCUGGAGAACGGGACCCAAGGCUGACUAUACGAAGAAAGAUAGCACGGGUCAUUACUACUUUAUUGAAGCAUCUGCACCAAGGCGUCUUGGAGACAAAGCCCGUUUAGUGAGUGAAGUUUUCCAACCAACUUCUAGAAAUGGACGGUGCUUACAAUUUUAUAGACACAUGUAUGGCACAGCUGUUGGAAAGUUUAAUGUUUAUGUGAAGACUGGACCUGGAAACACAUCCGACGUCGAGACAUUGGUGUGGAGUGAUUCUGGAAAUCAAGGAGAUUCAUGGAUUCAGUCCCAAGCCCCUGUGUACAGCGGCAAACCAUUUAGGCUGGUGUUCGAAGCUAUCCGUGGUUCGUCAUACAAAGGCGACAUUGCUAUUGACGACAUCAACUUCAACAACAACUUCUACCCAUGCAGCUAUAUUCCUUCUGGUGCAGCCCCACCUACUGUCCCACCCACUACCAUUACCCCUGCAGAUAGUAACUGUACUUUCGAUAGUGGCAUUUGUCGCUGGAAACAAUCGAAGAAGGACGAUUUUGACUGGACACUGAAAAAAGGAAAAACUGGAUCCACUGGUACGGGUCCGCUAGGAGAUCAUACAAGUGGCAAUGGACAAUACAUUUACCUGGAAGCAAGUUUUCCACGUGUGGCAAAUGAUACUGCUGUUUUAAGGAGUCCGGCAAUCCGACCUACAGUGGGUUUUGUAUGCUUCUCAUUUUACUACCACAUGCAUGGUGCACAUGUCAACUCACUUUAUAUCUACAAAAUCAUCAAUGGUAGACGAACAAGAAUAUGGAAACGUAUCGGUACCCAAGGCAAUCAGUGGCGAAGAGGACAGGUUAAUAUUCGCGGACUGAAAGGUAUCUUUUACAUUGAAGUACAAGGUGUUCGUGGUUUAAGUUACCAGGGUGAUAUAUCAUUGGACGACUUUGUUGUCACCAGUGGCAAAUGUCCUCCACCACCUUACUGCGACUUUGAGAAUGGCCGAUGUGGAUUUAAAAACAUAGGACAAGGAGACAAGUUUAACUGGAAGCGAUCAAAUGGUGGUACACCGUCUUAUGGUACUGGGCCAAGCACAGAUCAUACAACUGGAACAAAAUUAGGUUCCUACUUUUACAUUGAGACAUCAUCCCCACGAAGGAAAGGUGAUAACGCGGUUCUGUACACAAGAAAAUAUCCAGCCAGCAAAAAUGGUAAUUGUUUGAACUUCUGGUACCAUAUGUAUGGUUCACACAUUGGUGCAUUGAACAUCUACCUAAACUCGAGAAAAUCAUCACCAGUUUGGAACAAGACUGAUAAUCAAGGUAAUGUGUGGAGACAUGGACGUGUCACGAUAAAGUCUAGAACAACUUUUAGGUUGUACUUUGAGGGAAUUGUUGGCAGCAGUUAUAGAGGCGAUAUUGCUAUAGACGAUGUUUGGAUCGAUGAUUUUGCUUGCCCCGCCCCAGGAGAAUGCGACUUUGAGAGUAACAGCUUCUGCACGUGGAACCAAGUACCUAAUGCUAAAAACAGAACAGGUUAUGACAACUUUGAUUGGGAAUUGCGAAGCGGAGGUACACCAUCAUAUGGAACUGGUCCCGUUGCGGAUCAUACCAAAGGAACAUCUCUUGGAACGUACGCCUAUAUUGAAGUGUCCUCAGUUUCACCAGGACAAAAAGCUCAACUUAUGAGUGAAUCCUUCCCUGCAACCGAUGGUAAAUGUUUCUCGAUAUGGUAUCACAUGUACGGUAGUGGAACUGGAUCAUUGAAUUUCUUGAUGAAAGAUGGUUAUGGUACACACCUGAUGAAAUCAAUUCCAGGUAAUCAAGGAAACAAAUGGAUUCAAGGUGAAGUUGGAUUGCAUUCUCGCACGUCUUUCCAAGUCAUUAUUGAAGCUGUUCGAGGGUCAUCGUACAAUGGUGAUAUAUCUAUUGAUGAUAUCAACAUCAAAGAUGGAAACUGUGUUGGCGUUUGUUCAAGUGUAAAACCAGGUGCACGUGUUGCUUGUGGUCCAGGAUCCGUUACUGCCGCUUCCUGUGUAAUGUCAUAUGGUUGUUGCUACGACGACACUGCUAGAGGUGCUCCAGCAUGUUACAGACAUCCUGGAGACUGUCUAAGUAUUCCAGACUUUGCAAGAACAUUAUGUGGCUAUAAGGGGAUCUCACAAUCUGCAUGCACAAGUCGUGGUUGCUGCUAUGACAACACUGCCGGUAGCCCUAUCAAAUGCUUCGUUGCUCCCGAUACACCCACUCCCUUCCCAUCAACAGUAGGUCCACCAACUCAACCACCAGCGACUAUAUUUGACUGUAACUUUGAAAAAGGGUUCUGUAAUUAUGUUAAUGUAAAGGGCGAUCAAAUGAACUGGCAAAGACAUAACGGAUCUACUGCAAGUUGGGGAACAGGUCCUAAAGCUGAUCAUACACUCGGAAAUGCAAAUGGUUAUUACGCUUACAUCGAGACUUCAUACAAAAAAACGAACGACACUGCUGUUUUAAUGUCACCUUUAAUUAAUUUUCCUGCUGGUACUGACAAAGUGUGUGUCCGUUUCUGGUAUCAUAUGUAUGGACAACACGUUGGAAGUUUCAAGGUUUAUUAUGUAGCUUCUGGCAACAAGUUGCCAAAGAAUCCGCUAUGGCAAAGAACAGGAUCAAUUGUAAAUGAGUGGACGUAUGCACAAUUUACUGUCCCAAGAAGUCCAGCCUUCAAGAUUGCAUUCCAAGGUGUACGUGGUCCUGGCUAUCAAGGAGAUAUUGCUAUUGAUGAUAUCGGUUAUGUGAAUGGAGCCUGUCCACCAAACUAUUUCUGCGACUUUGAGACAAAUGAUUUCUGCGGAUGGACUCAGGAUGCUGAUGAUGAUUUUGAUUGGAGAUUAGGAUUUGGAAACACAACAAGUCAUGCCACUGGUCCGCGGUGGGAUCAUACGUAUGGAACAGGCUUUGGGAACUACAUGUACAUUGAAGGCAGUUAUCCUAGACAACCAGGGGAUAAGGCAAGAAUCGAGUCCUUUGAUCAUGGACCCACCAAAGGAACAUGUGUUGAAUUCUACUACCAUAUGAGAGGUAGCGGUAUCGGCACUUUGAAUGUUUAUAUCAGAAGAGGAAAGCAAGUUGAUUCUAAACCAGCAUGGCAAUUAAGUCGAGAACAAGGAAACGAAUGGGAAAGAGCCCUUAUUACAGUGGUUGAAGAUAGAGUGAACUGGAGGGUUAUUCUUGAGGGCAUUCGUGGUAGUGACUACAACUCAGAUAUCGCUAUUGAUGACAUACAUUUCCACAAAGGCGCAUGCGUACCAAAAGGUGAUUGUGAUUUUGAAAGUCGACAUGCAUGUGGAUAUGAGAAUCUGCCUGACAACAAAGUUGAUUGGUUGGUUUACAGCGGUGCCACACCUAGUUUCAAUACUGGACCAACUGUUGAUCAUACGACUGGUACUAAAAAGGGAUAUUACAUUUACAUGGAGUCCUCAGCUCCAGCUAGGAAAGGAGAUAUUGCACGUUUGGCAAGUGAGAAAUUCAAGAUUGUACCGAACUACGAUUGGUGUGUGCAGUUUUGGUAUCAAAUGUAUGGUACACAUGUUGGAGCUCUUCGUGUGCGAACAAGGUAUGUGAGCAAAUACUCACAAGGACGAUUCUUAUAUUCUCGACCUUUGUUUGAGCGGCAAGGAAACCACGAUUACACUUGGCUGUUUGGACAAGCAAAUAUUACUAGCUCCUACGAUUUCCAAGUUAUAUUUGAAGGAGAAAUUGGUACUGGAACUACUUACCAGGCUGAUAUUGCUCUUGAUGACAUUAGAAUUACAGAGGGACUCUGCACAAAUGUUGUUUCACCGCAGCCAACACCAAACCCGUGUGCAGUGAAAUGUAUGGACAAGAAAACGUGCGUUCCUAGCAACAAAGUUUGCGACUUUGUCAAUGAUUGUGUGUCAUCUGCUAACCCGAAAGAUUAUUCCGAUGAAAUCGGUUGUUCUAGUUGUGACUUUGAGAAUGGCUGGUGCAAAUGGAAGGAUAAUAGCAAAGGUGUGUUCGAUUGGAAUCGACAACGUGGUAAAACUGGUUCUUACAUGACCGGACCAACUACCGACCACACUAAAGGAAAUUCUUUGGGUUAUUAUGUUUAUGUCGAAGCCUCGCUGGGUACAAAUUUCAACCUAGCCUCAUUGGAUGGACCUGUUCUCCAGCAAGCAGCAGCUACUUGCUACCUUACCUUCUGGUACCACAUGUAUGGCAGCAGCAUUGGUGAAUUGGUUGUAUACAUCAAAAGUGGACUCAUCCUCACACCACUAUGGAAACUGUCUGGCAAUCAAGGCAACAAAUGGCAACAAGCCACUGUCUAUACCUACCGACAACCUAGCUCAUUCCAGAUAUUAUUCAGAGCAGUGCGUGCAACAAGUUACAAGGGAGACAUCGCUUUAGACGAUAUCCAAAUGAACAACUGUGCAUUGCCCACACCAUCGAAAUACUGUAACACACGAUACAGCUGGCGUUGUACCAAUACAAGGGCUUGUGUGUCAAGAAGUCGUUUAUGUGAUUUCACUGACGACUGUGGUGACAACUCUGAUGAAGAGAACUGCUAUUAUGGACAUUACCCUUACAGAUGUAACUUUGAGUACAGUUUCUGUUACUGGAAGAACUUGAAAGACGAUCAAUUUGAUUUUACAAGAACUAAAGGUUCCACUGAUUCAUUUGGUACUGGACCAAUGUUUGAUCACUCCACUGGCAAGACGUCAGGAUAUUACAUCUACGCUGAAUCGUCCUGGCAAAAGACUGGUGACAAAGCCCGUAUUGCUUCUGGUAUUGUGCAAGCCACAGCGCCCUACUCUUACUGUUACAUACGUUUCUACUAUCACAUGUUUGGCGAUCACAUUGGAAAAUUGAGUGUAAAAACUCGACAGUGUAAAACGUGUCCCGAAAAAGUUUGGUGGAGUCGUAGCGAUUCUGCAGGUAACUUCUGGGUGCGACGAGCUGUUGCUAUGAGAAGCGAUAAACCAUUCCAGGUUAUUAUUGAAACCGAACGCGGUACUGGCUACAAAGGUGACAUCGCUCUUGACGAUAUUACAUUCGGUGGUUGCUCAAGAUAUUACGGUUUGUUCCCUACUGCUAUCCCUACCACGCCCACGAUCCCAACUCAAUCACCUUGUAAACAACCCAACAAGUUUUACUGCAUCAAAGAUAAGAAAUGCAUCGAUCGAAGCUUGCAGUGUGAUUAUAGAUUAGAUUGUUCUGAUGGCCAGGAUGAAGACCAUUGCGGCACUUGUGAUUUCGAAAAAGACAUGUGCGGAUACACUGACAUAAGCACGGGUAAAUAUGAGUUUAAACGAAGUGCACCGCUCACCGAUGGCUCCGGAAAUGGACCUUCGAAAGAUCAUACUACAGGAUCGAAAAAAGGAAACUUUGCACUGACCAUGGAUGGUUCAGGAAGUUCUUACAAGCCCGCUGUCAUCGAAAGUGCAUCCUUAUCUACUACUAGCCCUUCAUGCAAGGUCCAAUUCUAUUACUAUUCAAGUAACAUCGGAUAUAACUAUGUUCGAGUUUCACACGUGCAAGAUGUAAACAAGAAAUCUAUUGAAUCGAUCUUAUUUUACAAAUCGUUGUCAAAGAACACAACUUGGCAAAAAGGAGUGAUUGGUGUCGGCCAAAGGCCACAAGGUUGGAUGUUGCGAUUCCAAGGUUAUAAGAACUACAUAGCGUACGAUGACAUCAAAUUUGUCGACUGUGCCUUACCAAAGAAAAAUGGUGGCGUUUGCAAUCGUAGACAAGUGUCUUGUGACAAUGGCGCUUGUAUUUAUCCAGAACAGAUGUGCGACUUCUCAAACGACUGUGGUGAUAAGAGCGACGAGAAGCCAGCCAUCUGUCAAAAGUUUGUAGAAAGAUGCGACUUUGAGAAAGACACGUGCAACUGGUAUCAAGACCAAAGCGACGACUUCGACUGGACAAGAUCUGCUGGAAGUACUGGUUCCUCUGCUACUGGACCGGGUACUGAUCACACCACCGGUCAUCGCCUCGGUUACUACAUGUACAUUGAGACAUCUGCACCUAGAAAAACCAACGACACUGCGCGUUUAAAGGGUCCUGUGUUUAUCCCGCAAAAGGGUAAAACUUGCACGAUGCGUUUCUUCUAUCAUAUGUACGGCGAACACGUCGACACGCUGUUUAUCAAGAAGCAAUAUUCCGCAGACGCUACGUCGCCUAUGCCAACAGUGUGGAGUCAAACAGGCGACAAAGGAGACAUCUGGAGAUCUGCUUCAGUUAACAUGAAUGACGUCAAACCAUUCAGAGUUGUGAUUGAAGCUAAAAGAGGGGUUGGGUACAAGGGUGACAUUUCAAUUGACGACAUCUCAUUUACAUCCGACUGUAAAGUAGAUUUCAAAGCGACGCUGAACCCCAACCCGAUAACACCGUCACCUCCGCCAGGCUGCAAAAGUGGUCAAUAUAGCUGUGGCGACGGACAAUGUAUAGACGCGCACAAAGUUUGUAACUUCGUCGCCGACUGCAACAACAAAAAAGACGAAUCUCGAUGUCCGGCGUCGUGCGACUUUGAAGGGAACAACGCCUGCUCUUGGUUUAACACUUGGUAUCUUGACGUCAUGGACUGGAAAGUACAUCAAGGCAAGACGCCAUCGAACGAUACUGGACCACCAUUCGAUCAUACGAAAGGAACAAAAGAAGGUUACUACUUAUACAUGGAAGCUAAUCAACGCAAGGGCGGUAAUUUCCCUAACGCCCACUUUGUCAGCCCGAUGUACUACAUGGGUGCUUACGACUGCAAAUUUACAUUCUGGUAUAACAUGUACCAUGCGAAGGUUUCCAGCAAGAACGACGCGAGAUUGAAUAUCCUCUACCGAAAGAAUGGCAGGGACACACAGCUGUGGACCACCUCACAAUCGACAGGCGAUAAAUGGAAACAAGCCGUCGUGCAACUUCCGAGAUGUCCACGUGACUUUAGGAUGAUAUUUGAGGGUCAUCAUUACUGGGGAACAAAAACUGACGCAGCUAUUGAUGAUUGGAAAUUCGACUGUGCGGAGAAGAAACCUGAUCUAACUUGUAAUUCACAAUACUUUCAGUGUACGCUGACAAAACAAUGUAUAUCAAAGGACGAUAUUUGUGACAACGAUAGAAAUUGUUGUGACGGCUCUGACGAAGAUGAUACAUUAUGUAAAGGAUACACGAAGCUCGACUUUGAAUCAGGCUUGCACGGUUGGGUACAACUUCAAGAUCAGGAUACGUUUGAUUUUGAUAUACAAAGCGGAAAGACGACCUCAAGUGGAACCGGACCAGCCACUGAUCAUACCUUACAGGAGGAACAUGGUAAAUACAUCUACAUCGAAGCCUCGACUAAACAAUCGAACGACACUGCGAUGCUGGCAAGUCCAACCAUAGCUGCAACCGGUAAUACAUACGCUAACGGUGCGUGCUUUGUGAGUUUCUGGUAUCACAUGUACGGUGCACACAUCGGCUCACUGACUGUUUACACUGCAACGACGUACGGCGUGCCGGAUAAAUCUCCCUGGUCUUUAACUGGAGAUCAAGGCGAUAAGUGGUUGAAAGCGAAAGUGACGUUAACAAGCCCCAAAGACUUCCAGAUAAUUUUUGUUGCUCAAGUUGGCACAUCAUACAAGGGUGAUAUAUCCUUGGAUGACAUCAUUCUUUCUCCGGGCUGUGUAUUAAACAAGAAAUCCCUUCCAGGAGGACCAACCCAACCGCCAAUUGAUUAUUGCUUUCCCGACUUCACGUGCCGAAAAGACCGAAACUGCGUGCCUAGCUUCCUCGUUUGCGAUUUUACGCCGGAUUGUAAGGACGGAACGGACGAAGAUAACGUAACAUGCGGUUACCCGCAAGGUUUCGAGAAUGGCUUCAAACCAUGGACGAAUGACGUCACAGAUGAUCUUGACUUCACUCUUCAACAAGGUGCCACGCCAUCAUCAGCAACUGGACCGACAGCCGAUGCAAGAAAUGACCCGAAAGGAUACUAUGCUUAUCUUGAAGUGAGCAGGAAAAAGAAAAACCACGACGCUAUUCUUACAAGUCCAGUGUAUGGCGGUUCAUUUGCUUACUGCAAACUCAAGUUCUAUUAUCACAUGUACGGAGCCAAUGUCGGUAUACUUCGUGUGCAUCUAUUGUUUCUGAAUACACCAGAGGACGCCCCUAAACUCGAUACGAUUUUGUUUGAACGUAAAGGUGAUCAAGGCAAUCGUUGGAGAUUGGCCACUGUUUCAGUAGGUCGACGUGUGGACCCAUUCUUUUUAAACUUCACUGCUAAUGUGGGCGGUGGUGGCGUUAAAGGUGAUAUCGCUAUUGAUGAAAUUUCAUUUGUAGACUGUGCGCACCCUCCUCCGUGUACGGGAAAUGAUCCUGGUAAAUUCAUCUGCCAGAACGCUAAUUGCAUUAACCCUAACGACAUUUGCAACUUUAUCGACGACUGCGGCGACUCGUCUGACGAAAAUGUUGGUCACCAAUGUAAUGAUUAUCUUGGAUGUAACUUCGAAGACGAUUUGUUUGACCCUUGCAAUUUCACUCAAGAUUCAACUGGAGAUGAUUUUGAUUGGACGAGGAAUAAGGGAUGGACUCCAAGUUAUAAUACAGGCCCUACUCGUGACCACACCUACGGAACAAAAGUUGGACACUACAUGUACAUCGAGUCAAGCGGCAGAAAGCAAGGCAAAAAAGCACGUCUGAUAAGUUUACCGAUGAAAGCGAAACCAAACGGUCAGUGCAAGGUGAUCUUUUACUAUCACAUGGACGGUAUGCAUUCCGAAGCACUUAAUGUUUACGUUCUCAGGGAAGCUCAAGGGGCAUUGACAAAGAAGUUUUCUGUGACUGGUACUGCAGGUGAUAUGUGGGUGCAAGCAGUGCUUAAUCUGGCUAACGAAACUGGUGUGUUUAGAUUAAUCUUCGAAGGUAUUGUCGGAAAGUCAUACAAGAGUGAUAUUGCCAUCGAUGAUGUCGUUUUGAACCCUGAUUGUACAACAAACACCUCGCGGGUAUUCCCCACUAACAUUCCAUGCCGAAGUGAUCAAUUUACAUGCCGCUCGAACGGCCGGUGUCUUUCAAACACGACCCGUUGCAACGGUAAAAACGAAUGUCGCGACGGUUCAGAUGAAUCAGGUUGCGGUGGUACCACGGGCAAAAGCAUCGGUGAUAACACAAACGGCACAAGCAUAAUUGCAGCCGGAGUUGUGGGUGGAUUAGUUAUCCUGCUUAUAAUAAUUCUGAUUGCAUACAUUGUCUCAAAACGAAGAAAGGAGAAGAAGUUGCACUUGUUUUCUGUGUUUUACGACCCAACCAAGCAACCGGAAGAAAACAAAAAGAAGGGUGAACCAAAGGGAGUGUCUAUAAAGAGUGAAGGUGUAUCGAACCCAAUCUAUGAUGAUCAACCAAUGGGCGAGUUCUCCAUGGGUGAACUGGAUACAGACAUGUUUGCUGAUGAAGAGUUUGCUGUGCCAGCAGAAACAAAAGGUGGGGCAACCUCCAUGGCUAAUCCGUUGUAUCAGGAUCCAUAUAUGGAAGACGAUGACUCCCCACUGUCAAACUUUUAAAGGAUACGUCAAACAUUACUGUGACGUAAAGUCGUGACGUCAUUUGUUACGAAAACUCUUUAGGUGUAUGUCAAUUUUUAAAAGACAAAGAUUUGACCCCCGUGAUAGCGGUAUAUAUUAGAUGAAAAUACUGUUAGUUUAUGCGUAGAAACGGGAGCAAUUCUUUUUAUGUGACAACUUUAGUAUUUUGUUUUUUAAUAAUUAGAAUAAAUAAUAUUGUUUAGAAAAUUAAUAUUGAAAUUAAUUAAUCAGUACUUAGUACCCAAACCUUUUGUUACACUCUUGUAAAUUUUAGUAGGUGAAGAACGUAUGUGCUUUUUCGUUAUACACUCUCCGACGUACAUGUUUUUAUAAUAUCUCCAUCGGAGAUGAUAUAGUCUUUGAAUUUUUGAUUGUUUGACGAAUUUCUUUGUGUUUUGAGCUCAUCGAUUUUGUAGGAGUUUUAUAACAUUCAGAGCAACUGAGCCGGACUCAGAAAAGAAUCUUUUAUGACGAAAUCGCUCAUAUAAAAAAGAUUUUCAACAAGAACUUAAAACAUUUUGAACUAAAUGGGCUUUUUAAAAAACGAAUCUUUGUUAUUUUAUAAACGAUUUUUUACAACUUUUUUAAUCCUUUUUAUUUGUCGUUAUUGUUUUUAUUGAUUUUCUUGGUAUUGUAUAUAUUUUUUUUUCUACUGCAUGUAAAUUUUGUGACCAAAAAUGUUUUUGUAUAAAAAUCAAUGAAAUAAUUUGAAAUAUAUGAUAAUUUUUAUGAAUAACAAAA